CUUCUUCCCCACACACCACCCCCUUUUCACACUUCUGCAAUUCUGUUCUUAUUCAGCGCAGCUCACAAAAUUGUGGCAAUUUUCCGGCUGGGGGUGCUGGAGCUCCCCUGAAGACAACCACACACUUUCACCAAAUGGCGUCCUCGGAGAAGCGCUGCUUAUACGAAGUCCUCGGCCUCAGCCGCGACUGCUCCGCCGACGAAAUCCGGUCGGCCUACAGGCGCCUCGCCCUCCAGCGCCACCCGGACAAGCUCGUCAGGAGCGGCGUCCCUGAGGCCGACGCCACCGCCGCCUUCCAGGAGCUCGUCAACGCCUACGAGGUCCUCUCCGACGCGCGCGAGCGCGCCUGGUACGACUCGCACCGUAACCAAAUCCUCUUCUCCUCCUCCACGGCCGCCGCCACCACGGGUGGCUCCUCGGCCUUCGUGCCCGAUUUGUUCUCCUUCUUCUCGAAUUCGGUCUACUCCGGGUACUCGGACUCGGGGAGGGGGUUUUACAAGGUUUAUGGGGACCUGUUCGAAAAGAUUUACGCGAAUGAGUUGAAUUUCGCGAAGAAAUUGGGGCUGCCGCUGCCCAAGGAAGCUCCGGUCAUGGGCAAUUUGGAGAGUCCCUAUGCUCAGGUCACAGCAUUCUAUAGUUACUGGUUAGGGUUUACAACAGUGCUGGACUUCUUUUGGGCAGAUCAAUAUGAUGCUAUGGCUGGCCCAAACAGGAAGUCAAGGAGGUUAAUGGAAGAGGAAAACAAGAAGUUGAGGAAAAAAGCGAGAAGAGAGUAUAACGAAACAGUUAGGGGACUGGCUGAGUUUGUGAAGAAGAGGGAUAAAAGAGUAAUUGAUAUGCAAAUUAAGAGGAAUGAGGAGAUGGAGAGAAGGAAAGAGGAGGAAAAACAAAGGAAGAAAGAGCUGGAGAGACAGAAAGCAGAGAAGGCUAGGAAUUAUGAGGAACCCGAGUGGGCUAGAGUAGAGGAGAUUGAGGAGGAGGAGGAGGAUGAGGCCGAAGAUUCCUUGGAGGAAAAGAAAAAUGAAUUCUAUUGUGUAGCAUGUAGCAAGAAAUUCAGGAGUGAUAAACAAUGGAAGAAUCACGAACAGUCUAAAAAGCACAAAGAGAAGGUGGUAGAACUGCGGGAAGCAUUUCGUGAAGAGGAUAUAGAAUAUGAAGAAGCAGAAGGAGACAAAAUGGAAGAGUCUGAUGGAAUCGACAUUGAUUACUUGUCAGCAGAUGAUGGAGUAAGUAAAUUACAGGAUGAAUUUGAAGGGAGACUUGGUAUUCCAGAAGAUGAUAGCGAUGAUGGACAGAAUCCAUCCAGUGAAGCAGUGGAAUCUGAAGAUCCUAAUGAUAUCAGUGGAAUGAAUGGAGUGUCCGAAGGCAUUCGGCAAAACAACAACAAUGAUGAUGAUGAUGAAGAUGAUGAGGCAAGUAUCCUCGAAGCUAUGCUGUCGGGGCGUAGGAAUAGAAACAAAGCAAGGAAUCAGCCUAAGGCUCCAGCUACCAAAAGUCUGAUGGAAUCUGAUGGUGAUGAAUUGGAAUUUAUGGAGUAUAAUGACACGAAGGGUUCACGAAGGAACAGGGGAGGCAGGAGGCGAAGAGGUAGAAGACAAGAAGAAGCAGAACCAGUGAGAACUAGUACUGCAGAGAGAAAUGAUGAGGCUGAGGAACAUGAAGUGUCUCAUGAUGAUGCUGCGGAGCCAAUUUCCAAACCUUUACCAAAACCUGAGACUAACAUGACAGCAGAUGAUGUAACAGAAAAGGAUCAUAAGCAUGCGGAGCAAGCUGUAAACAAGAAAGUUACAGCAAAGAAAGAAAAUGCUUCCAAAUUGAAAUCUGCAUCCAAAGGACGGAAACAUAAGGUUGCAACCAAAGGUCCUGACAACACAUGUGAGAAGUGUGGAGAACAAUUUCAAUCCAAGACUAAACUUCACAAACAUUUGGGAGAAACGGGUCAUGCCUCACUAAGACAUCAGUAAUGUAUGAUUAUCAAGAAGUAACACAUGUGGGUGUUGAUUUUUUCCCUUGGGUCCAUUGUAUUGAGCUCUAUUGUUUUAUUAUCGCCGGUCCUCCACUGGUAGAGAUUGACCCUUGUUAUGAGGACCACUCUGUCAUUUUCCAUCGCUAGAAUGAAGCUUCAGAACAUUGUCUGCUCCGAGGCAUGGCAGCAAUAUUUUAUAUUCCUUUGUGCACGCGCACAUGAGACAAGCCAAGUAGAAGGUACUACUCAUUUCAACUUGUGCUAUGCAAACUGGAGCUUUGAAGGUAACUUUGAAGUUAGGAGCUUCAGUUUCUGAAUUUUGCAGCUGCGGGAGAAUUCCAUGACUGGAUCAACAACUUGUUAGUAGUUUAAGAAUACUGGAGAAUGUUGCAGUAGUCAAUAGGAAAUAAAUUAUAUUACAUGAUCAAUUCAUUAAGCCUGGAAUGUGGGAGCUUUUGUUUACUGGAUCAACAACUUGUUAAUGCUAUAAAUUCCAUUCUUGUUGCAAGUUA